UCUUUUUUAUGAUCAAACAGCAACAUUACAGACUAACUAAAGUUGAAAAAGUGAAAAAGCAUAAUAGCACCCCUUUAAGAAUUCAAGUAUAUAGCAAGCCAAGUCUUCUUGGUAAGAAAAUAACUCCAAGCACAUCAUGAUAUGACUAGGGAGAAUGUGGUUUAAAAAAGUUUAAACUUGUAUUCUGUAUCUGACAGUCUCAUUUGAUCAUCAUUUUAGUUGAUUAUUAUAAUUAUAAUGUACAUUGUACUGGCACAUACUCAGUUUACCCAAACACAUCAUGCUCUCCCUUCCAGCCAUUCAUCUCACUUCCUCUCACCUGCUUCCCUCCCUCUUCGGUCCUGGUGAUUCCCAGCCCCCCUUCAUUUCUCUCCCACCUCCUCCCUUUGUCAGUGUCUUGCCCUGCAUCCAAAAGUCCUCAUUCUGUCUGGUCCACAAUUGAGAAUACAGAGCAUCAAGAGGCUUUGGCUGGUUAGCCCCCACUACCAACCUGCAAUGCACCUAUGACUUCAUACAGCACUUCUGGAUCCUAUCUACAUCUCUCAGGGCUGAGAAUGCAUGAUUUCCCAUGAUCAUCCCCUACCAUUACUCAUAAGACAAACAGACCUGAGAACAACAUCCUGCCACUUAUUGGAUUAAAAAGAUUUAUUAAAGUCAGAAAUAAGGAUUUAGGAUAAUUGAGCUCUCAUGGACUGAUCUCCACCUGGGUCGUGAAUAUCUCAUCAUGACAACAGUAAGUAACCAUUGACCUAUGACCUUUUUUAUUUGUCAAAAGUUAAAAGAUUAUUCAUUUUCAGUCAUUGUAUUCUGGCAUAUAUUGUGACUGUAUAUGUCAUACUCUGACAGGACAUAUACAGGGUUUAUGCAGACUACAAGGCAGAAAAAAAUAGCAUUUGCCACUAAUCUUGGUUGUGCAUCUUAAGUUGACAAGUGAUCAAAGACUGUAGUUUGAACACCUUUAUGCCUUUCAUCACACAUGUGGUAGUGGGUUUGUUUUCAGUGUUUGGGGACUGAGAGAUGGUUAGUAUCCUGUUUGACAUGGGGCUCUUCUACACCCGUCCAUCUGAUCUAACAAGCCUCCGGAGGAAGAUUCCCUCUAAUUAUGGUCAAACAUAACACUCUGCCUGCUGUCUCUAUCUGACCCUCAGGGUCUAUACGGUUUGUCUUUGUUCACAUCACAGGCAAAUGUAUGGAACAAGAAAGGGAGAAAUCCAUUAUAGUGCAUAGGCAAUAUUCAGGAUUUUUUGCAGUUCUAACUCCAGAUACAUUGCUUCAAGUUAAACCCAAAUUGCUAAUAUGAAAGGAUCAGUCAGUUAUGUAUUUCUUGGAAUUAUAUGACGUAAAACAGCUAAGUACUGGUCUGGUGCAGCUGUAAAUAACUGUGAGAACAGUCAGUUACUGUGGAAGAAAAAUCAACAACCACUUCAGUUCAGUGGAAGUCAGCGUUAUUUCUGCCGCUCUUCUCCAUUGCGGUGGCUGUUAUGAUAUAAGGGCACUGAGUGAAGCGGCUCUUUCUUUCAUGAAAGAGGGAGCAGGAGGCAAUUGAAUGAAUGAAAGGGGGGGAUUGUUCCCUAGUCUGACUGCCACUGAUUAACUGCCAAACUCAUUCUAGCCUUUAAUUAAAGUCAUUAACCUGAGAAAAUGAGAAACAAGUGAGAGAGACUGAGAGAGAGUUUCACAUGAAGUUUGUUGAUGUCAGUUGUUGCUGGCUUUAUUAAAAAAAUUAUUAUGUCUACUUAAGAUGGUUUUAUAUAAUGAUAUAUUAAUUGGAAAUAUUUAAUUGGAAAUAAUUACAUUAGGAAUAACAAACAAACUUAAAAAGUAAAGCAUCUGUACACAUUUAGAUUAAUGGGAAUUUGGAGGUAAAUGAUCUUGAUGGUCAUAAAAAUAGUUUUUAUUUAUUCAAAACAUGAUUUCUAUUUUUCAAUAUUAUAAUUUCUUUUUUUGGGGUGAAUUCAUGUCGUCAUGAGAUUCACGGUAAUUUAAAAUUCAGUUGUAAUUACUAAAAUACAUACAUGCAUGUCUCCACCUACUAGGAUAUUUGCUGUUGAUAUUUGGAUUUGUGCCGUUUCAAAACUGUUAAACAUCACUGUUCCACUAUAGAGAAAGAGCUACUUGCUGGUGGGGAGAAAAGAGGAAAUUGUCAGAUGCCCUCUCCCUUUGGCACUGCAGUGCGGAUCUUCAUCACCACUCUAUUUGCAGCAGUGGUGCUUUUUGCCAUUCUACUGGCUUAUGUGACAGGUUACCAGUUCAUCCACACCGAGCAGCACCACCUGUCUUUUGGCUUGUACGGUGCCUUUCUAUCCCUUCACCUCCUCCUGCAGAGCCUCUUCGCUUUCCUAGAGCACCGGCAAAUGCGUGGCCCUUCCAGACCCCAGCACCUGCGGCGCACUGUUGCCCUCUGCAUCGCAGCCUAUCAGGAGGAUCCGGACUAUCUUCGCAAGUGUCUUCGGAGCAUUCGCCGCAUUUCUUUUCCUGGGCUUAAAGUCGUGCUGGUGGUGGAUGGGAAUCGGCAGGAGGAUGCUUACAUGAUGGACAUCUUCCAGGAGGUUAUGGGGGGAGUGGAGCAGACAGGCUGUGUGGUGUGGAAGGGGAAUUACCAUAGCGACGGGGAUGGGGGAGGAAGGAAAGGCUCGUUGCAUGCUGAGGAGGCCGCACGGGUGGCCAGGGUGGUGCGGAGUUGCCGUUACUCGUGCAUCAUUCAAGAGUGGGGCGGCAAGAGAGAGGUCAUGUAUACAGCCUUCAAAGCACUGGGAGAUACUGUGGAUUACAUACAGGUAUGUGAUUCCGACACUGUACUUGAUCCAGCAUGCACCAUUGAGAUGCUGAAGGUUCUAGAGGAGGAUCCGGAAGUGGGUGGGGUUGGAGGAGAUGUUCAGAUUCUGAACAAGUACGACUCCUGGAUCUCCUUCCUGAGCAGUGUCCGGUACUGGAUGGCCUUCAAUGUGGAGCGGGCAUGCCAGUCUUACUUCGGAUGUGUGCAGUGCAUCAGUGGACCUCUGGGAAUGUACCGCAACUCUCUUCUUCAGCAGUUCCUGGAGCCCUGGUACCAUCAGACCUUCCUAGGAAGCAAGUGCAGCUUCGGGGAUGAUCGCCACCUCACCAACCGCGUCCUCAGCUUUGGCUACAAAACCAAGUUCACGGCACGCUCACAAUGCCAAACUGAGACCCCCACGCAAUAUCUGCGCUGGCUCAACCAGCAGACCCGCUGGAGCAAGUCUUACUUUCGAGAGUGGCUCUACAAUGCACUUUGGUUCCACAAGCACAGCCUCUGGAUGACCUAUGAAUCAGUGGUCACCGGGUUCUUCCCUUUCUUUCUGGUGGCUACAGUCAUUCACCUGUUCUACCGAGGUCGGUUAUGGAACAUCUUGCUUUUCUUGCUAACAGUCCAACUGGUGGGCAUGGUGAAAGCCACCUAUGCUUGCUUCCUGCGGGGCAGGCUUGUCAUGAUCUUCAUGUCACUGUAUUCACUACUCUACAUGUCAAGCCUGCUGCCUUCUAAGAUCUUUGCCCUGUUGACUAUUAACAAAGCAGGUUGGGGAACAUCAGGCAGGAAAAAGAUAGUGGUAAACCUUAUUGGGGCUGUGCCUGUGACCGUGUGGGCAGCCAUACUGCUCGGUGGGGUGGUUUACACCAUUUACUGUGAGGUGCAAGAGCCAUUUAGUGAGACAGAAAAGGCUCUUCUCAUUGCAGGCACCAUCCUCUAUGCCUGUUACUGGCUCAUACUCCUGGUGCUCUACCUGGCCAUAGUGGCUAAGCGCUGUAACAAAAGAGAGGAACAAUAUCACCUAUCCUAUGCCGAAGCCUAGCAUGAUCUUUCCAAAAGAUCUCUACGUGCUGUCAGGGCUCAUUUCACAUGGCCCUGUCUUUACCUGGUGUUGCAAUCUUGGUUAUAAUUAUGGAUUAAGUC